GUUGUUAGGGACAACGUAUUGCUUUCACUGACCGAAAUUAGCAGCUGAGUUGAGGCUUUGUGCGAACGCUUGAGCACGAUGGGUUGGGCGCGCCAGGCAGCGCGAUGGAAUAUGUGGGCUGAUAGAAAGGAACCGUGGAUAAAGCCACGAAUAGGCUAAUUCAGCAGAGAGAUGAUGUCACUGGCCGUGCAGGUCAGCGGCUCCCUGAUUGGCUGGGCCGCGCUCUACCGCCUGCUCUGUGGCCUGAAUGGCCAGCACACCAACGAGUGGAACUGUCGCCUGGUAACGCUGUUUCACGGCGUGCUCAUCGUCUGCGUCACGGCCUACAUCGGCUUCAUCGAUGGCCCAUGGCCAUUCACGCACCCAGGUACAGAGAACACGCCCUUGCAGGUGGUAGCCCUGGUCCUCAGCCUGGGCUACUUCACGUUCGACAUGGGCUGGUGCGUGUACUACCGCACGGAGGGCCCUCUCAUGCUGGCUCACCACACGCUGAGCAUCGCGGGCAUCCUGCUGGCCCUGGUGCAGGGCGAGUCGGGCGUGGAGACGUGCGCCGUGCUCUUCGGCACCGAGCUCACCAACCCGCUGCUGCAGGCGCGCUGGUUCCUGCGCCAGGCCGGGCGCUACGACUCGCCGGCGGGCGACGCCGUCGACCUGCUGUUCAUCGCGCUGUUCGCCGGCGUGCGCAUCGGCGUGGGCGGCCGCAUGCUGCGCUGCGAGCUGGCCUCGCCCCGGCCCUCGCCGGCCGUGAAGGCGGGCGGCGUCGCCAUCUACGGCCUCUCCUGCGUCUUCAUGGCCGACAUCGCCCGCUUCGCCUGCCGCAAGGGCGCCGGGAAGUUCCGCCGCUGGAAGGAGCAGCGCAAGGCGCUGGAGGCCAACGGCGGUUCCGGGAGGACCGACUGAAAGCGCCGCUUUGGAAUUUGAGGACGGUCUGCACACGGAGAAGGAUCGGAAAAGGAAACAUUAAUUUUGAAAUGACACCUUGCACAGUGCAUAGCUUAAACUUUUAUUUUUUAUAAAUAUUCCUUUGUAGUUUAUUUUAUUAUGUGAAGUAACAGAGGGUGUAUGUAGAGUAUUUAUGGUAAUACCUACGUUUUUGUCCUCACUGAAAACAAAGUGGUGCUGAAUAUUAAAUGUUUUCAUUGAUUUACAGUUGAUCGAAAACAAGCAGCAAGACUUGAUAAACUGCAAUUAUCAUAUGGGGAGACAUUGGCUCAGGAGAUAAGAACAGUUGCAGUCGGAGGGUUGCCAGUUCGAUCCCACCCAGGGUGUGUCGAAGUGUCCGUGAGCAAGACACCUAACCCCCAAUUGCUCCUGACGAGCGGGUUGGUGCCUAGCAUGGCAGCCAUUUGGUGUGUGAGUGUGUGUGAAUGGGUGAAUGAGAAGCAUCAAUUGUACAGCGAUUUGGAUAAAGGCGCUAUAUAAAUGUAGACCGUUUACCCUGACAAAAUGUUUCUGUUUUUAUGUACUGUAGCUUAAGUUGUUUUAUCUACCUCUUGUUCAGCUGGGACUUACAGAUUUGUUAACCUACUGUACUGAAGGGAAUGUGUGAGUUAGCUUUUAGAAUUCUAAACCCACUUAUUUUGGUGCAAGGAUAGUUUUAAAAGGUUAAAAGAUGUUGCAUCUGCUGGAUUUUUUUAAACUUGUUAAGAUGUUCUUCAAAUGUUGAUAUGUUACUGUUGUAAAACACUAAAUAUCUCACUGCCAAAUCCAUGCUGUUGUACACUGUGAAUGGAUGCAGUGUAGCCUAGGCACAAAACACCUCUUAUGGCUAAAUGUUCUUGUUGCAUCUCCUUGAGACAAGAUGCGUAUUGAAGAAAUAAGGCAAAAUCAGGAACCGUUAUAAUGAUUGCAAUUGCAAGGUUAUGUGAUGUAAUCAAGUGCUAUAGAAUCAGUCAUGAUCAUUGAGGCAGAAGGAGCUUUCUGCUGUUCCAUGAGAUAAUGAACCCCAAGGAAAGUAUUUAGUUGAAUGUCUUGAAUGUCUGAGAACGCUUUUCUUGAUGAAUUUACAGGGAAUUCUGGGAAAGGUCAUAGGUCAGGUAACAGCUAAUUACUAUAUCCGUCUAAUAUUUCCAACAAAGCAUGUUUUAUUUCAUCAUGCAUUAAUUGCACAAAUAAAAUUGCAUAUUUGGGUACA